AACAGCGACAAGUACUGCACACCCCGCUACACGGACUUUGAAGACCUUGAACGAAAAUACUGGAAGAACCUUACGUUCAAUGCCCCUAUCUAUGGUGCUGAUGUUAAUGGCACACUUUAUGACAAGCAUGUAGAUGCGUGGAAUAUUGGCAGAUUGAACACGAUCCUGGAUAUUGUGGAGAAUGAAAGCGGCAUAACCAUUGAAGGAGUGAACACUCCUUACCUGUAUUUUGGCAUGUGGAAAACUUCCUUUGCUUGGCAUACCGAGGACAUGGAUCUCUACAGUAUUAAUUACUUGCAUUUUGGGGAACCCAAGUCAUGGUACUCUAUCCCUCCAGAGCAUGGGAAGCGACUGGAGAGACUUGCAAAAGGUUUCUUUCCAGGAAGUGCUCAAAGCUGUGAAGCAUUUCUCCGUCACAAGAUGACCCUCAUCUCUCCAUCAAUUCUGAAGAAAUAUGGCAUCCCAUUUGAUAAGGUUACACAGGAGGCUGGAGAGUUCAUGAUAACCUUUCCUUAUAGCUAUCAUGCUGGCUUUAAUCAUGGCUUCAACUGUGCUGAAUCUACCAACUUUGCUACUCUUCGGUGGAUCGAGUACGGGAAGCAGUCUGUACUGUGCUCGUGUCGGAAGGACAUGGUGAAGAUCUCCAUGGAUGUGUUUGUGAGGAAGUACCAGCCAGAUCGUUACAAGCUUUGGAAAGCCGGGAAGGACGUGACUGUCAUUGACCAUGCUCUUCCAACCCCAGAGGCGGCAGAGUUCCUUAAAGGGGAUCUCAUGCAAAAAGUCAAGAAUGGGAAACAGUGUGCUGAAGAAAUGGAAACAGGAGAGACUUGUAAAGAGGAGGUGGCCGGGGAUGAGACGAAAAGCAUCCCCAAGCAUCGCAUAGGAACAAAAAGGCACAGGGUCUGCCUGGAAGUGCCUCAGGAGGUGAGUGAGAGUGAGGCUUUCCCCAAGGAGGAGCUGAGCUCCACGCAGUAUGAAGCAGACAUGGCAGAGCCUCACGAGAGACCUGCGAGUGAACUUGUUCAGCAAGGUGAACAAGGGCUCAAGCUUCCAGAUCGUGUGGACGCCACCAAAUUUGAAGAACUGAAAACAGUGAAGCUUGAAGAAGAAGAGCAAGAGCAAGAAACAGCUGCAUUGGAUCUCUCAAUUUCACAUUCUUCAAAUUCCUCUUCAGCUUUGAUGACUUCGAAGCAGAGUGCAACUUCCAGCAUUCAGCCCAGCUCGCCUGCCUAUUCUGGUUCUUCUGACUCUGAAUCGACUGAUCUGUUGGCAAAACGAACUCUUCCUGGGCCAGCUGGGGUGCUUACAGUCCAUAGCUAUGCUAGAGGGGAUGCCAGCGGAUCUGACAAUGAACAGACUUCAGGAAAGAAAGCCAGUGUCACCGCCAGUGUGAAUGAGCAAGAACUGGCAGAGGUAGCAAAGGAAUACUUAAGAUCAAUGAAGGAGAGUAAGAAGUCCAAGGGUCGUCGCCAGCCAUUGAGCAAGCUCCCACGCCAUCACCCGCUCUUGGUUAAAGACUGCAUUAGUGAUGAUGAGGCGUCAGAGCAACUAACACCUGAAGAAGAAGCUGAGGAAACAGAAGCAUGGGCCAAGCCACUUAGCCAGCUGUGGCAGAAUCGGCCACCAAAUUUUGAGGCUGAAAAAGAAUACAAUCGGACCAUGGCUCAGCAGUCUCCUUACUGCGCUGUUUGUAUGCUCUUCCAGACAUAUCAGGCAGAGUGUGGAGGCAACAGUCAAAACUCUGGAGUAACUCCAGCUGCUGUGGAUGGGAAGAUCAGAACCAAACCCCUGAUUCCUGAAAUGUGCUUUACUACAACUGGCUGCAGCACUGACCUCAAUCUUUCAACCCCCUACUUAGAGGAAGAUGGAACCAGCGUACUCAUCACCUGCAAGAACUGCCAUGUCUGUGUUCAUGCAAGUUGUUAUGGUGUAUCCCCUGACAAGGCCACUGAAGACUGGAUGUGCUCCAGGUGUACAGAAAAUGCCUUAGAAGAGGACUGCUGUUUGUGUUCAUUACGAGGAGGAGCACUGCAGAGAGCCAAUGAUGACAAGUGGGUUCAUGUGAUGUGUGCUGUAGCUGUACUGGAAGCAAAAUUUGUGAAUAUCGCAGAGCGGAGUCCUGUAGAUGUUGGCAAAAUCCCCCUGCAACGUUUCAGACUGAAAUGCAUUUUCUGCAAGAAAAGAAGAAAGAGAAUUGCAGGUUGCUGCGUACAGUGCUCACAUGGUCGGUGUCCCACAUCCUUUCAUGUCAGCUGUGCCCAAGCAGCAGGAGUCAUGAUGCAGCCUGAUGACUGGCCAUUUGUUGUCUUCAUUACCUGCUUCAGGCAUAAGAUUCCAUCUCAGGCAGAGCGAGCUAAGGCUGCACUCCAGGAUCUGUCACCUGGACAGAUAGUCAUCAGCAAGCACAAGAAUGGUCGCUUCUAUCAGUGUGAAGUGGUCAGCCUUGCAAAGGAGACUUUCUACGAGGUCAACUUCGAUGAUGGUUCCUUCAGUGAUAACCUGUAUCCAGAGGACAUUGUGAGUCGAGACUGUCUUCAGUUAGGUCCCCCAGCUGAAGGAGAAGUUGUGCAGGUGAGAUGGACAGAUGGACAAGUUUAUGGAGCCAAGUUUGUUGCAUCACAUGCCAUCCAGAUGUACCAGGUGGAAUUUGAAGAUGGGUCACAGCUGAUGGUGAAAAGGGAUGAUGUGUAUACUCUCGAAGAGGAGCUUCCUAAGAGAGUGAAGUCAAGGCUGUCAAUAGCUUCAGAUAUGCGCUUCACGGAGAUCUUCGCAGAGAAGGAGGUCAGACAAGAGAGGAAGAGGCAAAGGGUGAUCAAUUCACGCUACCGUGAAGAUUACAUUGAACCUGCGUUGUACCGGGCCAUCAUGGAGUAAGCACUGCCUGUGGCAGAGGAAGAAGAUGCCCACCUCCCCCAAGGAUUUAAACGCUCCAGUACAACAGGCCAUAUUUGGAUGCUUCGAAUCCAGGGUUUUUUGUUUUGUUUUUUAAGGAAGCUAAAAAGCUGAUGCUCUGCAGUAGCUGAAAGGCAGCUCUUGGAUAGUGAAACAGAUCCCAUUUGCUGAAGCUGAUGCCUGCAGACUCCUGGUCUGAAGUUGGGUCCUUACUGAAUAAGCCAGCUUGGGGGUGUUGCUUUCAUCUCGUCAAGCAGCCUUGCUUUUUUAUUAGAGACAAUUUUGACAGGUGGCAAACUCUUUUGGGAGUUGUAGCCAGGAAUCUUGGCAGCUGCAGAAUAGUACGGUCUAUUGUUUUAAUUGAAUAAUGUUCCUGAUUUUGGGAGUCUCCCUGGUGACCACACCUGGGCUUGAGCAGGCAGUAUUACUGGUGCUUGAAAUUGAACCUCUUUUUGUAUUUAUAUCCAUCUUUUUGUUGCAAGCAGCUUCAGUCUCUUGUUUCUCAGCACCUCCUUUCUGAAGGUUGAGCUGUAGGCUGUUCAGAUCCAAGCAGACAGGAGGUGCUUGUGUGAACAGGUGAAAUGUGAAAUUGAAUCCUAUAGGACAAAUUAUUUAACCCUCCAUUUAAUAUUUUUGUUCCGAUACUUGUUUUGACUUACUUA